GGUAGGGGGCGGGGCGAUGCCCGCGUGCGCCUGCGCAGUCCGCUCUACUCGGGGCGGCGGAGGUGAAGCGCCGGAGGAAAGAUGGACGAUUACCAGGCUGCGGAGGAGACUGCUUUUGUUGUUGAUGAAGUGAGCAACAUUGUGAAAGAGGCCAUCGAAAGUGCGAUUGGUGGUAACGCUUACCAGCACAGCAAAGUGAACCAGUGGACCACAAAUGUUGUCGAACAAACUUUAAGUCAACUCACCAAGCUGGGAAAACCAUUUAAAUACAUUGUGACCUGUGUAAUCAUGCAGAAGAAUGGAGCUGGAUUGCACACAGCGAGUUCCUGCUUCUGGGACAGCACUUCUGAUGGGAGCUGCACCGUGCGAUGGGAGAACAAGACCAUGUACUGCAUCGUCAGCACUUUUGGCCUGUCCAUCUGAUGCUCUAGCCUGUGACUUUGCCUUUCGUUCAAUGUUUUCAGUUCAUCUUCUAGUCACCAACCGGGAAGUCAGUGAACACCUUUCUCGUUCUUGUUAGUAUGUGUUUUGUGGCGCUCUCCAAAUGUAGAGGGAAAAACCAAACAACUGCCCUGUUAUAGGAACUGUACCCUGUAAGUCAUGAGUGAUUCACCAUAGGUAGUCUGGAGCCUGUAUUGCCACUUGUCUUAACUCUGAAUAUUUCUUUUCAACGGUGCUACACACUGAAAUCUGCUAGUGUGAAUCUUGCUCUACUCUGAAAUGACUCAAAUACACUAAUUUUCCAUACUUUAUACUUUUGUUAGAAUAAAUUAUUCAAAUCUAAA